UUUCAAGUCACCAUUAAACAGGCGAGGAACUCCACACUACAGAUCUUUAAAAAAAAAACGAAUUAAAAUGCUAGCUGGUGAAGUGUUGAACGUAUCGGUGGUUUUUGUCUCACUUCUACUUGUGCUGACUUUCAUAACAUAUCAGUUGCUUAAAGAUUACGUGUAUAAAUGGAGAGAACUGAAACCUGUCCCUGGAAUUAGUCCAACUUACCCGUUCCUAGGCAAUACACUCAACUUUAAGUCUAACAGAAGAGAUUUCUUUUGUCAAGUGGUCGGCUACACAAAAGAAUUCUGGAAUUCUCCUCUGUUUAAACUAUGGAUCGGACCUGUGCCAUUUCUCAUCUUAUACCAUGCAGAGACUAUCGAGACAGUGCUGAAUAACCCUGUUCACAUGGACAAGGCCUAUGCCUACAAAUUUCUGCACCCCUGGCUGGGAACAGGACUACUCACAAGUACUGGGGAUAAGUGGAGACACAGACGCAAGUUGUUGACCCCAACAUUUCAUUUCUCUAUACUAAAUGAGUUCCUGGAGGUGAUGAAUGAACAGGCAGAGGUGCUCAUAGAGAAACUUGAGAAACAAGCUGGAAAAGGCCCUUUCAACUGCUUUAGCUACAUUACUCUCUGUGCCCUUGACAUCAUCUGUGAGACUGCCAUGGGAAAGAAGGUCUAUGCACAGAGCAACCAUGACUCUGAGUAUGUGCGCAGUGUCUACAGAAUGAGUGACAUCAUCGCCAGGCGCCAGAGGAUGCCCUGGUACUGGCCUGAUUUUGUGUAUAACUAUUUUGGCGAAGGCAGAGAGCACAACCGUAGUCUGAAAAUCCUCCACUCAUUCACAGAGAGCGUGAUUAAUGAGAGGGCAGAGUACAUCCACUACGUUGAGUCUGACAGCGAAUCAGAUCAGGGGAUGAAGAAAAGGCGGGCUUUCUUGGACAUGCUGUUGAAAACAACAGAUGAGGAUGGGAAAAAGUUGACUCACAAAGAUAUCCAGGAGGAAGUGGACACCUUUAUGUUUGAGGGUCAUGACACAACAGCGGCUGCUAUGAACUGGGCCGUACACUUGUUAGGCUCCCAUCCUGAAAUCCAACGAAAGGCGCAACAAGAACUAGAUGAGAUUUUUGGCGAGUCUGAGAGGCCUGUUAACACAGAGGAUCUGAAGAAAUUGCGUUAUCUGGAGUGUGUGAUAAAGGAGGCUCUGCGUCUAUUCCCCUCUGUUCCCUUUUUUGCCCGAACCAUCUGUGAGGAUACACAUAUCAAUGGCUAUAAAGUCCCUAAAGGAGCAAACGUCAUUGUCAUAACUUAUUCCCUUCACCGUGACCCACGCUACUUCCCUGACCCUGAAGAGUUUCGUCCUGAGCGUUUCUUGCCGGAGAAUUCAGCCGGUCGACCUCCUUAUGCCUAUAUUCCAUUUUCUGCUGGUCUUCGCAACUGCAUCGGUCAGCGUUUUGCUUUAAUGGAGGAAAAGGUUAUUCUGGCUUCUAUUCUGCGCUACUUUAACAUAGUAGCAUGUCAGAAGAGGGAGGAACUCCGGCCACUAGGCGAACUGGUACUGCGGCCAGAGCGAGGGAUCUGGAUCACGUUGGAGCGCAGAAAGCACUAAUAGACACACAUAGUCAACAUGAGAAUUUGCUAAAGAUGGCAAAAUUGUGUAAUCUAUGACUCAAAGCUAAAUAUAACCAUAAAGUCCUAAAGAUAACCAUGAUUGUUUUACAGUUUUGUAAGAUAUCCACCUUACUUUUUUUCUUUGAAUGUGUAGGACUUCUGAUUCAUUUGCCACUAAAGGUAAAUAAUUAGGGGAAUAACAAUUUGCAGUAAAUGGUAAAACCAACUACAAAAAAGUUUAGGAUUGUGAUAAAUUAUAAUAAUAUGAUAAAUACCAGAUUUUCAGAAGUGCAAUUGUUCUGUCUCUGAAAGUACUGCAAAACGAUUAAGGGCUUUUAGAAAUAUACUAUAAAAUUUAAUUUUUCAAAAAUUACCUUUUUAAAAAUCUAUACUUGAAAUAACUCUGGCUUAUGUAGCAUUAAAUAUUCUUGGAUAAUUUGUUGAGUUUCAGACAUGUUUGUUUUUCUUUGUACUGUUGUUUUACACAUUUAAAUCUAAAGAUGCUAAUAUAAGUUUUCAAAUAAUUUUAUUAAAGUAUUAUUAAUUAAAGCUAAUUAUUUUGAGAAAAAUAUUUUUACUAAUUGUUACAAAUACAAUUAAAUACUAUUAAAGCA